AAAAAGAAAGUAAAUAAUCUCCGCAACUGAUAGUUUGAUAAAAUUGUUUGUGAUGAAAUUGUCGUUCAAGUGAAAUUUCCUUAACUACGUUUCUAAUCGAAGUUAGCUUCCAUUAAUUAUGGAAGCGGUACCGAAGAUACCCCUUAUCAGUUUCGAAUUAAAAGUAUCAACAGAGAAUACAAAAUUUGGAACAAAACUUAAACAGUACAUUGCCGAAGUUUAUAAAGAAGAUCCAGAAAGCUACAGUAAUGAGAUUCAUUCGCUCGAAGGGCUACGAUCGGCCGCCGUGAGGCCUACAAUGGAUACGGCAGGCUUGAAAUCUUUAAUUAGAUAUUUUUGCCAACUUCGUGCCAUGCAAAGCCGAUUCCCAAUGAGCAAAGGCCAGCCGGCGGCUUGCAAUUUCACUUGGAAGGAUCUCUACGCAAGCAUGAAUUGUACCUCAGCAUCUGCUAGGUUUGAAUUAGGAUGUAUUCUUUACAAUAUUGGUGCCCUAAAUACCGAACUUGGUGCAAUGGAGCCACGUACCACAGCUGAAAGCCUGAAAGCCACUUGCACUCACUUCCAGCAUGCUGCAUACUCAUUUCAACUCUUGAGAGAGCAAUUUACUCAACCUCCAGGUGUUGAUAUUUCCUCAGAAAUAAUGAGACUUCUCCAGGAAAUUUGCUUAGGUCAAGCCCAGCAAUGUAUUCUAGAGAAGAGUAUACAAGAUACAAGAAAGCCCCGUGUUAUUGGAGCAGUAGCAAUACAAGUUGUUUUAUUCUGCAAAAAUGCUCUGGCUUUACUUGGACCGUCCACUGGUUCAGAAAAUGUUUAUGAAGUUGUUGGUAUAACCCUGUACAACUAUUGGUAUCGGUCCCUUUCUUUUAAAAUGUCAUUUGUUGGAUCUAUUGCCUGUCUGUAUCAAGGAAUGCAUGCUGAAGAGCAGCAGAAAAUGGGUGAGAGAGUUGCCUUUUAUCAACUGGCAGCUGAAAAACUGGCAGAAGCCAGGAAAAUUGCCAAAAACAUGGACUCCAACAAGGUGAUUUUGGAAGCUUUGAACUUUAUGAACGACGUUAUCGAAGGCAAAAAGAAAGCAGCCAAGAAUGAAAAUGAAUUUAUUUAUCAUGAGGAGGUACCUGACAAGGACAUGUUAACGGAACUAAAACCAGUGUGUUUGGUGAAACCAUUGCCAAUUAACUUUAAUGAUCCUGAGUUGUCAGGUUCGGACCUAUUCGCUCGCCUAGUGCCGAUCGCGGCACACGAGGUGUCCUCGGUGUACUCCGAGCAGAAGGCGAAGCUGCUGCGGCACGUGAUGACCCAGAUCGACGCCAAGAACACCGAGCUAACGGAGUUUAUGUCGUCACUGCAACUCGAUCAGCUCGAUGUGCUGGAUUCGGAACAAAAGGUGCCUCAAGAUAUAGUCGACCGGUGUGCGGCGAUGAAUGCCAAGUCGGAAAUAAUACAGUCACUAGUUGAUUCGAUGAACAGUCUGGCCGAAACUAUCAGCGACGUGGAACACUCGUUGGGAGAAAUAAAAAAUCUCAUACAGGAGGAAACAAUGAAAGAGAAAGAAUUCCAAAAGUUAAUGGGUCCACGACCGCCAUCUAUCGUUCAAACAGAACUGUCCCGGGAAUACCACAAGUACCAAGAAGCACACACAAGGACCAACGAGAGCAACCAAGUGUUGCACAAGGCCAUGACGCUACACAUCGCCAACCUCAAACUGUUGGCCCAACCUUUGGACGUGCUGCAAGAGAAGAUACCAAGCAUUGACAAUAUUGAAGGUCUGGACCGCGAGACGAUGUCGGAGAUGCGUCGCGUGGUGGGCAAGGCUCGCGAGAUGCAGGCGCAGCGGGACGCGCUGGUGCAGCAGCUGCGGGACGCCGUGGCCGCCGACGACGUCACCGCCCUGCUGCUCGUCACCAACGAGCCGCCCGAGGACCUCUUCAAACGAGAAAUCGAAAAACACGCGCCCACGGUAAAGAUCCUCGAACAGAAUUUGGGAGCUCAAGAGAAUAUUAUAAACAAGCUAACGUCGUUGUACGCGUCGUACGGAGACUCGCGGCGUCUGCUGUCCGAGGUGCUGAGGAAACGAGAUGGCCUCAUCAACGCAUUAGUGACGUCAUACGACACGUACGAGGAGUUGCUGGGCAAGUCCCAGAAAGGCCAGGAGUUCUACAAGAAGCUAUCGCACAACGUGAACCAGCUGCUGUCCAGACUGAAGAGCACGUGUCAGGUGCAGGAGGAGGAGCGCGCGCAGCUGCUCUCCAAACAGAACACUAAAGCUGUGACGUCAGCGCCAGGCCCGGCCGUGCCCGCCGCGGCGGCGCCCAAAGUCCCAGACGUGGCCGGCCUGCCGCCCACCGGAGCGCCCCGGAAGCUGAAGGACUACCUGCCUUAUAUGAAGAACAGGAGCAAUCCUAGAAACACAGCCCCUCCAGUUCAAAUGGAAGCCUUCCCGCCAGACACGUACUAUCCGGAAACGAUGUACCUCCCCUCCGUAAGACCGGCGCCUGUUGGCUCUGAGGCUACAGACGUGGCACAGAUGCAGCUCCCCGACGGAGUUCUGAUGUCUCAAGCUCAGAACACUUCAUUCACCGACCGUUACAACCCUAACGUCAUGCCCGAAACCUCUUAUGCCCAGAACUAUGCCUACCCGGCCGCCGAGAAACCCUACGACAAGGAUAACUCCGCGUACAAUCCGCACACGCAACAAUAUCCGCCUCAGAUACCAGACCCGCAGCAAGUGUAUACCGGCCCUUAUUACAGCACGCCCCAGAACAGCGCCGCGUCCGUGUCGGAGCCGCAAUCCGUGCAAUAUAGCAACCAACCACCCAACAUGAACACGAAUCCAAAUAUUCAAUAUCCAGUCUACAAUGACCCUUACGCGCAGAAUGUUCAGUCUGUGGCCUCGAGUCACGGCUCCAAUACUUACGCUUCUGCUAAUCAGGCGUAUGCGAAUAACCAGACAGAUUUGAAUGUGAAUUUUGCACAAAUGCAUAUAAACGCUCCAAAGUCUGAACCGUCUGUAGAUCCCUCGCACGGUUACUACAUGCAGUACCCGCAAUCGUCCACGCCCAGUGUUGCGUAUAACGCCGGUUUGAACACGGGCGUGCCCGCUCCUGGGUCACAGCUCCCGACGGACUACAGCUCCCUUAGUUACCAAUACAGUACCGAGUCGGUCCAGUACAGCGUCAGCGCACCCUACAGUGUGCCGGAACAACCGUACAGUUACGUCACGAGCUCGCUCGACAGCGCGUCCCAACACUACGCGACGCAAACGAUCGCGACCGGUGCGAACACGUCGACGACAAACGUCACUAGCACAGUGACGUCACUGCCUUACACGUACCCACCCGAGGCUGAGGUAUACAACCCCGCUUUAGCGCAGAUGGACGCGUUCGAUAAACCGAUCAAAUCGCACGUGACGGGCGAAGCUCUCUCGUCUAGUUUCCAGUCGAACUAUAACACACAGAAUUACAGCAAUAUUCAGAAUUACCAAAAUCCAAACGUGCAAAGCUACCAGCCGACGAGCACCUACGAGGACCAAAGCAAAGUUAAUUACGGCCAGACCUACCAAAAUCAUCCGGGCUAUACACUCAACCAGGCUACCGGUAAUUACGAAUACAAUUACGGUUCGCAAAACUCGUACGCAAACCACCAAGGGAAUGUGGACCCUCAGACCGUGCACAACGACUCGAAUUGGGCCGGACAGCGCUACACCAGCGCCGGCGGAUGCCACACCGUGCAGUCCCCCUCUGAAACGCAAGUCCCCCAAGCACCGACCCAAGAACAGAACAGCAAUCAGUAUUACAACGCGCCGUACGGGUACAUAACGACCACUAACCAGUCGAAUGAAAUGGUCGCCACUCCGCAAACGAUCGGGACCAACUAUGGCGCCAACGUCAAUCAGUCGACUUACAUGCAGUCCGGUCAAGGUCACGAUACCAGCGUUACAUUUACCAGUAAUCAAGUUUUUUCGCAAAAAGAGAAUGAUGUUCAGUCGACUGAACAAAAUGGAGUGUCGACUGAAUCGCGUGAUACAAUGGAGGCGCUGCAGGCUCCGCAGAGUAACGACGUCUCGGUCCAAGAAACUGUUCCAACACCGGUACAGACUACAGAACAAGUUGCGGAGAAUCCGAUCGAGGAAAUCGAGCCAAAGCCGGAAAUUUCCGUAUUCGAUCUUCUAUCGGACAUAGAUUUUACGGUUGAACAAAAACCGUUGAUGCCCGAGAUAAAAGUGCCACAAAUAUCCGAAAGUGCCAUACGGAAGCAAGUGCUACCUAAACCAGAGCCAGCGAAGGCUCCCAAAGAAGAGGCGCUUGUCCGACCGGCCAAGAGAGAUAUCUUCUCGGACCCCAGUCUACUCAACCAGUUCACGCAGGAAGUGAAGAACUUGCAGAGACUGGUGGAUUCGCUGACCAACAGAACUCCCAGUGGACUGACGCUAUUGGAUUCGAAAUGGAAAAUGUAUCAAGAUGUACAACUGAAGGAAAACAUGACUAGGUCUAAAACGAUAGCGAUGAAACACAGCCGCGGGAACAUUGUGACGGAGGUGGUGCCCUUCGACGACUCGCGCCUGACGCUCAAGUCCGACCCUGACGCUUACAUAAACGCCUCUCAUUACAAGCAAUUAGCCUCAUGGUGUAUACCCUUAGUGAUCUCUAAAAAUCCAAGUGAAGAUGAAUAUGGAAUCUUCUGGAAGUCAGUAUUAGAAAAUAAAAUCAGUUGCAUCGUGUGUUUACUGAGUGAGAUUGAGCUGCAAGGAAAGUCGUACUGGCCGACGGCCAAGGGACAGUCUCUGGAGCUGUACGGUCUGAAGGUGCUGCUGGAAGAAGUGAACUGCACCGUGCACUGGACCGAGCGGAGGCUGCGCGUCGCCGGCGGCAGCAGCGUGCACGCCGUCACGCACUACCAGAUCAACGUGUUCCCUGCCAAAAUUGUUUGCUCACCCCUAGUGCUUCUGGUAGAUAAAAUUCUGAGUCAAACCUAUGAAAAUCGUCUGUGCAAUCAACUGUGCGGCGCGUGGAUACAGUGCGGCGCGGGAGCGGGACGCAGCGCCGUCGUCGCCGUUCUCGUUAUGGUCAUGUGCCAGGUGCGAGCGGGACAACUAGAUUUGUGCGAUAUGCUAGACGCCGGCUGUGUCAACUUGUACAAAGGUCGCGCGAACAUUCUGGAAGACACGAAGUAUCUAGCCGACGCGUACAGAACCGCGCUGUUUUACGUACAAGGCGUACUUUGUUCUGGGACAACGAAUUUCAACGGUGAAGCAGUUUCCGGACCAACAGGAGCCUCCAUCCUCCCUCCGGUCACUCCCACCCCUAACAACUCCAACUCCGCCACGCCGCAGAAGAAAUUCUCUCGGGAAUCGUUCGAGGAGAUGAAGCAAGCUCCCGGCCUCAAGAGCGGAGACAUGAAAGACCCCCUCAACUUUUUGGAUCCGCUGUGGAGCUUGAAGAAGAAAUAAGACUGUUUCUAUAUAGAUUUUACUAAAUUGUUUGCUAUGCUAUUGGUAGCUUUGUACGUGUCUCGAGCGACGCGUCCAUAGUAUCCAAUAGCUUGUACGAUUCCAGAUUAAAGUUAAAUAAAGUUUAAAGUAACGAAAACAGUUUCGAGACUAGAAUCGAAAUGGUUCAGUGGUCGGAUAUUUAUAUUUACUGAUUUUCUCACAUCCAAGCAAAAUAUAUUUAUUUUAGAUGUAACCUUAAUAUGGUCAAUAUACAGAAGCUUAAAUUAGACUGUGAUUGAAUAUUAAUAAAAAUAAUUACUAAUUAACAACAAACGGAUUAGUGAAAUUCGUUUUUUUGAGUAUUUGGUUCUGAUUACAAGAAAUAAUGUGAUUAUAAAACUUAGGUUAGUCGACGUUAUCUAAGAAUCACUAUGGCCAUUUUCCAAAUAUGUAGUGUAGAAUAUGCACUCGUUGAGCUAAAAUGAACAAGCCGAUGUUUUCUCUCUCCGACAAAAUCACCUCGUUUCCAUGUGACGAAAUAUUCACCAAUGUUGCCAACAAUAAAAAAAGAAUGGAUGAUGAAAAUGAAAUACUAUCACGAAAUAAAAAAGUGAUAUACACAUAUAAAUAACGAACAACUCGAUCGAAUACGUGAAAAUGUUAUUUAAUUUCUUUGAUCAGUAUUAAUAGGUCACAGAAAUAUAGAAAAGUUAAUAAUAAAAUGACGAUGUUGCAUUGAAUAAAAAAAUUCGACUGAUAAUAAAAUUAAAACGAUAAAAAGUAAAUGUAAAAUUAGAUAGAACUUUAGAUAUUAUGAAAAAUAAAUGAUAUUAUUUUUUUCCAAGGGAAUUAUAUUUAAUCUAUACGUAAAUAUUACUAAAGACGUGUACGCAAAAUGUGUAAAUCAUAAAAUUACUUUUAAAUUUGAUAAAAACAUAUUAUUCUAUUAUAAAAGAAUACAUAUUAAACUAUUGAAGUAUUGAAAUUAAAGCAUUUGUAAACAAAGUUUAAGUCUAACCCAUAAUUUUUUUGAAUUGCAAAUCAGUUUUAUUUUUAAUAUUUUAGUAAUGAUUCAGCUGUCAACCAUGACAAGUUUGACAGCUGUCAAGUCUAUAGAGGAUUUAUGCGACAAUCGCAUAUAUAGGAAGUUCGCCCCGGGAGUCAGCUCGCUAGGCUGUGACGGGUAGCACGUGAUUACCCAUCCUAUGCGGGUGUUGUGAAUACAUUUUUAGGGUAUAGUUCGUGGAUACAGUUACUGGCGGUAGGACCUUUUGUGAGUCCGCACGGGUACGUACCAUACUCUGCCUAUUUCUGCCGUGAAGCAGUAAUCCGUUUCGGUUUGAAGGGUAGGGCAGCCGUUGUAACUAUACUGAGACCUUAGAACUCAUAUCUCAAGGUGGGCGGAGGCGUGCCUGACGUUUGGGCUCAGGUGACCACUUGAAACCAGGUGGGCUGUGAGCUCGUCCACCCAUCUAUGCAAUAUGAUUUGUUACAAAUCGGUGAAAAACGUUGGGGCCAAUAAAUCAGCUGUUUGUCACGAGUUCAUAGUCUCGGUAGUGAUUUUUAUUUGUUUAAUGGAAGAGGGGGUGUACAAUGGGUUCAGAGCCCUUCGUUCUCAUGUCAGAGCGAGUCUUGUCGCUUAAUCCGCUGAAUGUUAUUCAUCCUGGCUGAGCCCUUGCUCGCCCCACCUGUCCUGGUGAAACUGGGAAGACCUCCGGGCCACCAGUAAUCUCUCAAACUUAAUAAAAAAAGGUUAUUUGUUAUUACAUUAGUGUCUUGUUAUUCGUGGAUGAUAAACACUAACCUUUUUUUUAUUGCCUUUGUAGGCCGACGAGGAUACGGUACGACUGAUGGUAAGUGGUCAGCGAGCGUACGAGUGAUGGUAAGAGGUCAGCAAUGCUAAGGGCACAGGCAAGUCGCUGCCUGCCGUAAGGUACUCUUCGCAAGCCUCGUUGGAAGAAGGACAUGUCAGCGCUUAGGAAACACCGUUGAGCUCAUUCUAAAGACUAAGGUUAAUGGAAACCUGUAUUCACACACUGAAUAUGAAUACUUGCAGGCUCAUGUGAGUUUCUCUCUCUCUUCAAUCGGUCCUUCAUUGCUGAGGAUCGUGACUCAGUUUGAUUCCGUCAACUAGCUGUCUCCAUCGAUCCCGUUCUGUAGCUUGGUGGAGUGCGUCUCUGAGAAGUAUUUUUAGUUCCUCCGCUGUUUGGUUCGACCAUCGUUUGGGACCUCCACCCUUAGGUCUUGUUCCUUCGAUUUUACCGGUCACCACAAGGCGUUCCAAAUUGCUGAUAUCCCUGCGUGCGACAUGACCAAAAUACCGCAAUAUUUUUUGUAGGCAGGUUGUGGAUAGACGUUGAGUCUUUUCUAUUUUUAAAUGCUUGAGAAUAGAGAUGUAAGGCUAUGUCGUGAAUUUUUUUUUUUUAAAACGUGAGUGUAAUGAAAUGAGAAAGCAGCUAACCAUCGCAUCGGUACGUAUCAGAGUCCCGCUAGUCUGUCAGCUUUUGUUUGCUUUACAUCGCGUGCUACGGAAAAAAAACAUGAUUUUCCAAUUGAGACUUUCCAAAUGAGAGAACUAUCCUUUGAAUUUAUGAAUUUACUUUACUAAGAAUUUUCAUGUCCCGGAACGGUUCCAAUACACCCUGUGUAAUCCCUGUGUAAAUCAUAUGAUCUUUUGUCACAAUCGUGUUGAUUUUUAAAUUAUAAUAGAAGGAAACUAUUUAGGUAUUGUCAUAUAUUUGUUCGAUAAGAUAAUAAAUACAUUUUCUUCGAAUUAAAAUAUAAAUAAAUGACUACACUUCUUUUAAUGCAAAACAAUUUUUUGAUUUGUACUCAUCAACUAAACACACUUUGUAUUAAAUCUUUGAUUUGAAUUGUCUGUGUAAUUUAUUUUAGGUAUUAACAUUCCAUUUAUCUUUUAGUAUUUAUAAUAGAAAACUCAAUUUGUCAAUAUUUUCAACAAAAUUUUGAGUUUUGCAAAUAAGUGUACUAUCUAAAAGUUGCAAAUAAUAUUACGAGUGUAACGAUGAUCCUUAAAGAUUUUCCUUUUUUUUUUUAAACUAAUUGGUAAACCAUUACGUCAUCGAAAGAUUGUUUAAUGGAUUGAUUAGUGAUGUUUACAUGUACUGAAAUAAAAUAAAAUAAAAUAAAAAUGUUCAAAUUA